AUGUGAUAUUUACAAUGGGAGAUAAUGGGAUUUAAAAAUAUAUACACUGUGCAUAAAAAUGUUGCAAAUGAUCUUCUAUGCUUGAAUAAUUUCAUAAUUCCAUGACCGGACACAGUUUAUCAUGUUUAUGUAUGAUCGUAUUAUCAGCAGUGAACGCUCCGGAACAUUUUUCAAAACAUAUCAGUUUCUUCGGUUUACAAAGGAGAAGAAAUUAACAAACGUUUUAAUGGGUCAGUACCAAAAGGUAGUAAAUGCCUUCUUUAUUUAGAUGUAAUUACUACCUUAUCCCUGGAAAUCAAUGUUCUUAACGGUUUCGAAAUUAAAUUGUGUGAUAACCCGUUGUUUUAGUGGCAAAUUUUCAUUUAAUCAUUAGUGUAACACCGCCCCGCUAAAUCAUUGCGUUGUAGCUCUGGCUGACUUAUAUAACUCCCACUCCGAAUCAAAAUCUAAAUAAAUUAGCCUUAAAGACUUCUGUACCCGUCAAUGAAGUUUAUCUAUAAUUCAUGUCUAUAAUUCACUUUCUUAACCCACUUACUCAUUUCUUUAACUCUUUGUAUUACAAUACAAACAGUUUUAUUAUCAUGCAUAGAGUCAACAUUCUAGGAAUGACUUAGAUUCAUUGCAGUUAGUCUGGAGUUUACAUUAGGCAAUAUCAAAAUGUUCUUAUUUAGCGUAGAGUUUUAUUGUUUCAGCAAAUCUACAUAAAACUUGACGGUAUUAGUAUGUUUUUGGAAAUAAUAUACCAUUUGCAUUUAAAGAUCAAAGCAGAAUAUUUAUAGCAGAAACUAUUUAGAUAAGUAGAGCGACAUGAUGAGUAAAGGCUUUCUUGUUAUUUUGUCAGAGACACUUUUAAGCUUAAAUUUGAUGUUUAUAAAACAUGAGUAUUUAACUUGUCAACCUGCUAUAAAGCUUGUUGUUAUACUUCAUUGGUAGCUUUUGAUACUUGGAUAUUUCAGACAAAUCAUUAAAUAACAAUUAUAAUAAAUCAAAACAUUGCAGCGCGUGUUUAUGUCAUAAUUUAUCAUUUUAGGAUUUAUUCUUGGAAGUUCAAUAGAAUCAACAACGAAAGGUAUAUGGGCUUGGUGUAAAAAACAUCCAACAAAAGAUUCUCAAGUUUUACUGUUGUUGGAUACUGAAGGUCUAGGAGAUGUUAAAAAGGGGAGCAUCGAUCAUGACAACAAAAUAUUCACCAUUGUCACUCUCCUGAGUAGCACACUCGUAUAUAACACGAUGUCUGCCUUUAACCAAGAUGCAAUUGAGAAACUUACAUAUAUUACUAUGUUGUCAAAGAACAUGAAAGUUACGUCAAGCAGUUCUUCAGAUCAAUCGCUUGAUUGUAUAAUGCCACAAUUUGUGCUGUGUUUACGAGAUUUUAAUCUAGAGCUAAGCAUUGAUGGUAAGGAGAUCACCGAGGAUGAAUACCUAGAAGACUGCCUCAAGACCAAAGAGGUAGAAACGCCAGAAGACGAGAAGUAUAACCGACCAAGAGAGUGCAUUAAAAAGUAUUUCACACAUAGGAAGGUGUUCACAUUCGACAGACCAGCAGGAAGAAGUGUCAUGAGACGCUUAGACACAGCUGGAGAUGAAGACCUUAACGAGGAGUUUAUCCAAGAAACAGAGCGGUUCAUGUCCUAUGUAUAUGACUGUCCUGGGAAAGUUCUUCUUAACAAAUUGCCAGUCACAGGCAGUAUGUUAGCAAAACUUCUCCGUGUUUACGUACAUGCAAUUAACGAAGGAAGUGUUCCAUGUGUUGAGGAUGCAAUGGUGACAAUGUCAAGACUAGAAAACGAGCGACAUACAAAGAAUGCCGUGGAAGAAUACAAAACGCUGAUUAAACAAAUACAACUUCCAGUCUUUGACAAAAAGAAACUGCAGAAAUCAAUUUUGGAAUACCAAGAAGACACGUUAUCAAAAUUGCAUUCUAAACUAUUAUUUGAUACAGACAAUAAGAUUGAAAAGGCUACAAAGGCUGAAAUGCAAACACUAUAUGAACAAAUCGACAAGCAAAACGGAGACCUUUUAUAUGAAAAUUGCAUUGCUAAGAUCCAUGAAAUGCAUAAAAAAAUUGUCAAGACUAACAUGAAGAAGGGAAAAUAUGCGGUCGCUGGAGGACAUACAAUCUACAACUCUGACAUGCAUGAACUAUUUGAGGAGUAUAACAGAGAUCUCAAAAUUAUUGAUUUAGCUGUGAGACAAAGAGCUCAAAACGAUUUUGAAAACGAAAUAAUUCCUGAAAGCAAAAAGAUCAUGGAAGAAGAUAAAAUGUAUUCGGAAAAGGAAAUGAAAGUCGCAAUAAAAGUAGAGACCAUUAAACAGGAUUUCGUGAAAACACAAGAAGAACAACACAAAACGUUAAUGGCUGAACUUGACCGUCAAAACACACAACAUAUAAACGAAAUGGAAAACAUUCGAAAAGCUGAAAGAGAAAAAGAGAAAAGAAAACAAGAAAAAUACAAAAAUGAAGUUGCUGAAUUGCGUAGAAAGAAUGCUGAGUUAGAGGCUUUUGAAAGGUUUUGUCAACAAGAAGCAGAGAGACAAAAAUAUGAAAGGUGGGAAAGACGACGGGCGGCCGAGGAAGCAGAGAGACAGAAGCGGUGUAUAUUGUCUUAAAUAUUUGAAGUUUGAUGAUGCACACUAUUUCUGUUUUCUUAUUCAUUUAUUCUUCAUGUGCAUUUAUUUUUUGGUUGCGGGUUUAUCCGCUCCCAAAGUUAUAAGUAUAUUUCUGACAAUCAGAUAGCACCUUUAUUUUAUUCCGAAUCACAUCCAAGGGAUGUUCAUGUGCUACUCAAAACCGUCCCAUUUAUGAACAAUGCGGAUGAAUUAUCAAUGAACAAGCAGUUCUUAUUCAACAUGUAUCCACUCACACUGACCAUUUAGAUUAUGUAAGAUCUAUCAGUGAUAAGGUAUUUCAGCCCAUGGUUACAUCACAAGCUAGGUUAGGCAGAGUUCAUCUUAGAUAUGAGGCACAUUAAAUUUGUAUUUGUUUCUCAUUCAUGUAUAUUUAUAGACUGGCAUUAAGACAGAAAAUAAAUCUACCAAAAACUCGCAACCAUCAGAUAGUUCAAGGCUUUGAUUUAUCAAUGAGAACAAUUUUGAUUGGAAUUAAUCAACAUUAUGUAUUUAGUUGAUUAUCUCAUUAGGAAACACGUUUGAUACAUAAGGUAAAGUAUGAAAUAUUGUUAUAGUCCAGAUUACUGUAGAAAUUCUACUUGUUACCCGAGCAUUUUUAUUAUGCCCCCCCCCCCACAUAUAGUGCAAGAAAAGUACUGAUUUAGUGCUGACAGGCUGUCCGUCACAACGUGAAGGGAUGUAUUACAAACUUCAAAAGAGGUACUAUUACAACGCUUAAACCGAUGCUAGGGGGCGUGAGAGGUUUUGCACAUUUAAUUAUAUCUCAUGAACAGACUCAAUCAAACCGAGUGUGCUGUUGUUCAUUUUCGGUUACAAUCUAUGCUUCCGAAAGAUCUUUUUACAGAUUUUAUUGGUUGUUUAUAUUAUCAGCAUUUCCUGCUUUGAUCAUUUACAGCGGAGCUAUGACCAUUGAUUCGUCUAAUUUUAUAAUGUUUUGGCCACUUCUUUUAUAUUAUUUAGUGUAUUUUUACCAAACCUUACGGGACUGACCAUGCAUUAUGCCAAUUGUCGGCAGUUUUGGAUUUGAUGACGUUUAUCGGAGUUAUAGCCCUUGAUCUACCAAAAUUUAUGGUGUUUAGGCCACAUUAUAUUAUCGAGAGGCCUUCCACCAACCCUUACAUCGGUGAUCAGUGCUAAACCUAGUAAUAUACAUCAUCGGCAUUUUUCGGUUCAGUGAUUCGCUGGCUAUGACCCUUAAUUUGUCUUAUUUUACCUUAUCUGGACAACUGCUCUGAUACCACCAGAAUGAAGUACAUAAAACUUCACAAAAGUGAUUAUUGCCAAGCCUAGUUGUGUAUAUCGUGGUCAUGCCCUUAUUAAUGAAUUAAUUGAUAUCAUUUUAGACGCUUCUCUUAUAUGAUAUGGUAGAUUUUAUUAUAACAUUGCAGGAGUAUCAGUGUAAGGUCUUAUUAUGCAUGUUCCGAGUCAGUAUUUUGCAGGGGAGUUCUGGCCUUUUAUAAUUUUAUAAUAAUUUGGCAACUUCUCUUUGGCUGAGUUUCACCCAAAGACUCACGAGUGAUUAGUGUUACAACAGGAAAAUCAAAUCAAAAAGACGGUAAUCAAUAUCUGUCAAGGUUUAUUUGACCUUGACCAACCUUUAAAUGAAAUAUUAUAUCGAUGUGCUGAUCACGUGUUUGAGAUAUCCCGUUGUUGUACGAAUCGAGCCCACCUUUUCUGAAACCAAAUUAAUCGGGUAUGUACCUGAUCAAAUACACAUUUGCUGUACUUCUUAUUUGUUAUUGUUUUGAUAAUGGGGAACAUUAGUCAGUUACUUCCCCUGAUUAUGUCCAAGAAAUAGAUUGGUCCUUCCUCUGUUUUUAUCAUUGACUUCUUUGUAAUUUUUAUUAGCAAUAUCUAUACUAAACGCGUACUUCAUUGAAUUGGAAAAUGACCAAGGACAGGUUUUCUUUUAGUGGCCCUCUGCUAAAUUUAGGUUUAAUUAAUCAUUCUUAUUUAGUACAUAAAAGCACAUUUAUUUUUACCAACCGCAACAUCUUGGAUAAAGGUUAUAACGAAAAUGUCAGAGGAAUCCAACUGGAAGGGACCAAUGUAAUAUUUGGUUAUCUUUGCGCUUUAUCAUACAACUUUUCAAGGGAAGUAACAAGCUAAUGUUCCUUAUUAGCUAUAAAAGAGUAUAUUAUUAUUCUUUCAAUUAUUGUUGAUAUGUGUUAAAACUUUAUAGAUCUGGUUGCUAUCUGCUUACUUACAUGAA